GAGAGAGGCUCCCUCGUUCUCUAUGCCAUUAAAGACACACGGUCUCGAGUAAGGCAGAGCAUAGCGCGCUUUUACUUUGCUACUGGCUAUCUUCUGAGCUUUAGGACCCGGGGGCAGUCGGUAGAGGCGACCGUGAUUGGCUGUAGUUUCUCCGUAAGCAGACAGCGGAGCAACCCGACUAAAGCUCAACAGCCAUAACGCCGAGUGUCACUGUGAGAAUUCUGGAAAACCAGAGACAACUUUAAAACUGCAGAGCACACGUCGAGUUUGAGACACGAAGGAUGGCCUUUAGUUCAUGAUCUUCAAUUGUUUUUUUCCAGAUACCAUAGACACUGAUAAUGCUGAAGAUGAAGCUCCCCAUGAAGUCGGCGACGGAAGAAGGAGGUGGAGGAGGAGAAGAGGACGAGGCGGCGGACGACGAUUUGGAAACAACCCCAAUUUGCCCCCCAGAGCCGCGUUUAUUACCCGGCGGCUGCUGUUGCAACUGUCGACUUAACGAGCCCCAGGAUGGGCGGCAAUUUCCUUGCACUCUGGAUAAGGAGACGGUCUUUGAGUGGUUCGGAUUGUGCCUGUGCCCGGCCAAACGCAUUGAGUUAAUGUGCGGUCUGCUGCAUAUGUGCCAGCCUCUGGAACUGCGAUUUCUAGGCUCGUGUCUAGAGGACCUCGCUCGCAAAGAUUUUCACGUUUUGCGCGACUGGGAGAUAAGAGCUAACAGUCCUUCUGAGAUGGGCCUGUUGACAGACGUGUCUGACCCAGUGGUCCGUUCUAAGCUACUGGUGUGUCUCUCUCUGUUAUCCUCGGAGAGCAGGGAGUGUGCCAGCAUCUUGUUUCGCACCCUGAGCCGCGUGGAGAACACCGGUCUUACCAGGAGCUUUGGCACGACGGGGGACGUUGGAGUUUCUCAUCUGCAACAGCAAAUGUCCCUGCUUUUCACCAUGGCGUCCCUACACCCGGCCUUCCCUUUUCACCAGAGAGAGAGUUUGAGAAACCAAUUGGAAACACUUGAGAGGACAGUGGAGACAGAAAGGCGGCAGUAUCCCCCGAGCGGGUCACGGGUAAUGUGGCCAGAUUCACCGAAAAGCUCAAUAAAGCAGGCAAACAAAGAACUAGAGGACUUUUUAUCAAAGCUUCCAAAGGAACUUUCGACAGAGUGUUUUGAAAAAGGAAUUUUGAGACUGUUAAGUCACAGAGAUGAGUGGGAAAUUGGUGAGCUGGAGCAAAAAUUGAGAAAAAAGUUUUCUUCUGCUUCUCAAGCUUUUCGGCAAAGAGACUGUAGUUUUUUUCUCUCCAACUCAUCAGACCCUGUCCAUAACCACAAUCUGGAGCCUUUCAUGUUAUGUCAUCGUAAGAAACAAGGCAGCAAAAGCCCCAGUUUAAGCAUUCCUAAUUCAAAGUGCCCUGGAUUAGAAGGUUUGAGAAUGCAACACUCUGAACACAAUGGUCUCAUCGAGUGGAAGAAAAAAAGCUACUCUUUAAAGUCUAAUACAGAGCACUGCACAAUGGUUUCUGAUAUGCAACUUUCAGGAGGCAAAAAGAAAAUGAAGCCUCAGACUGACAGGGACAAGGGGAAAAAGGGAGACAGCAGGAUAAGCUAUAUAACUAAUGGCACUUUGAGGUCUGCACCAGAGCAGUCAUUUCGAUCAUGUUCUGCAAAAGGUCCUAGAUUGGAAACUGGGUCAGGUCCUGAUACUUGUGGAGAAACAUCUUCUGAGAGCUACAGCUCCCCUUCUAGCCCAAGGCAUGACUGUAGAGAGAGCUUCGAAAGUGAAGAUGAGAAGGAUCGAGAUUCAGAUAGCAACUCUGAAGGUUCCGGUAAAGACAGAGCAGAUGGUUUCCUGCCUUUUAGCAUUGGUGGACCUGCCUCUGCUGCAGUAGGACGGCUGGUUACACCAGUACUGAAAGAGGACGGACAACGACCAGAAAGCCCGUUGAGUGCCUCUAAGUUCACCCAGCUGUCUUUCAUGCCUCCAAUCCAGAGUGUGAUUCAAAAUGUAGCACCAAAACCUGAAGGAGUGGUGCCACCUCAGAUCGUGGAUGGCAAGUCGGUUGGGUUAAUGGUGACUGUGCCUCCUACCCUCUCUUCCAUGAGAGACACUACAGUAAGUCCUACAGCCACUGGAGAUAUCGACAAGCAACAUUUGGACUCCAAUUCCUCCAUAACACCUACCUUUAUAACGUCGCAACCAGGGCUGGUACAGCAGCCAAACUUGUCACUACACCAGAUGAUUCAGCGAUUCAAAAUGACUGCGCCAAAUGUCCCUCAGAGCACCUCAGAGAACUGCAAUACCCCACAGCAUCCAGCGCCUGUAGGUGCUAUUAACGUGGUUUCACCAAACCUUGCCUAUGUUCCCCCCAUUCAAAUGACUGUUGGCUUUCCCAAUGCUGAGCCCCUUGCAUCUGGUACACCACAUUCUUUGUCUCAUUCUGAAAAUAGUGGAGCUACACAGCAAAUGCACAGCAAACCUCAAGGCUUACCUUUAUCUGCUGGCCUUCCCACUCCACCUCCAUCCUUUGGCCUUUCUGUUCCUAGCUCUGUGUUACCUGUCCAAGCUGGCCAUGCCCAAACUACAGGCCAAGUGCAAACAAUGGUUCCCCCAGCUGUACCCACUCAUACCCCUGGACCUGCACCUAGCCCAAGUCCAGCUCUGACACACAGCACAGCACAAAGCAACAGCACUUCCUACAUCAAUAGCAACGGGGGCUCUAAUGGUUCUCCACAGCAGCCAUCUACUCAGCAACUAGGAUGUGGAGCUUGUGGAUGCAGGGGAAGCUGUGGCAGUCACCCACCAAAUUACUAUUUCCCUCCUCCUCACCGCCAAGUUUUUAGUUUGCCACCUCUGUUCCAUCUGACAUGUAACAGCAGCUACCUCAAUCAGGCACAUCAGAGCAAUGGAGCUACACAGCUGCCUUUUUUCCCACCUACUCAACAUCCAUAUGCCAAUGGACCUUUAUUGCACACCCACACAGACCACCUACUAGGCAAUCAAACUAACUAUGGGAUCCAACAAAUGACUGCGUUUGGUUGCUUCUACUCUCCUAUGUACCCUUCAGUGAGUAUGGUGCCGAAUCCUAGUGGGACGGGAAUUAAGAAAAAUGGGAAUAUCUCUUGCUACAAUUGUGGUGCCAGUGGACACUAUGCACAAGACUGCAAGCAGCCAUCCAUUGAUGCCAAUCAACAAGGUGGUUUUCGAUUGAAGUACUUUUCUACACAAGCAACAGAAACAAUAGACUCUGCUGACUGAACUGCUGAAAACCAUUGAUGAUUGCUUCCACUUAAAAGAUUAUUUUCCAGAAAAUGUGUUUUUUUUCUUCUAAUAAAUAUAACAGGCUUUAAUCUGAGAACUUGUGCCUAAACCUUUCUUAUGUACAGAUGCUGGGAAAAUGGUCAAACACAAACAUUAAUUUGUUUUUGCACUGAAGCAGCAUUUGCUUUUGUUGAGCAAGCUGUCACCAUGUCAUUAGAAAGACCCUUUUUGGAUUGCAGUGGAUUGGUGUAUUGGUGGAGGGGAUCAGAACGAAUAGCUUUCAUUUUCUGCGGUGGUGACGUUCAUUUUUUCUGUUCACAGCAAGAGUUAGAAGUUUUUAGCAGGACACCAUCUUAAUCAUAGAGACACUGCAAUUUGUACAAAUGUUUUUCUAAUUAGUAGUGAUAUAUUAAAAACCUGAUUUGAAUAUGAGUGCCUACAUUGACAUUGUUGAAGAGAUUAAAAAAUGCAUAAAAAAAGCUUUUGAAGACUUGGAUAUGAACUUUUAAGAUUUUUGUUAGAGCAGCUAAUUAACAAAAAUUCAGACUUUUUAUAUUUAUUUGAAAUCUUAAAUUAAAAAUAGUAAGUGUGAAUGUUGUAAGAUAUUUUUUGUGUUUGUAAGAGAAGUUGUUUUGAGAUAAUUGUCUUUUUUAGUGUCAUACUACAAGAGUAUACUUGAUUUUAAAUAUAUGCAUAUAUGAGAUUGUGUCUCUUUGUGUGUAUAUAUUGCACACAUGCGAGCACAAACAAAUUUACAGGUUUGCAUAUUUUUAUAUAAAUAUGUGUGUAUGCAUAGGUGUUUGUAUUGUGUGUGUGUGUAUGUAUGUUUUUAUAUAUAUAUAUGUGUGUGUGUGUGUGUGUGUGUGUGUGUGUGUAUCUACAUGCAAAAUAUGUAAUAUACACACACCAUAUAUAAUGACCUUGGAUUGUUAAUGAAGCAGUGUUUUUGAAUGUAAACUAAAUUUAUUAUUUUUUUUUUUUUAAACCUGGUUGUUGUAACUAUGAAACCGCAAAGUUAGAAGGUGAAGAGAUGUAGUACACUUUUUCUUCCUUUCUCAAAGCAUUUGCCAUUAAGUAUAAUGUGAAAUAUACAUAUAAGAAGGUAUUAUGUUUGGUAGAUGUCCUUACAUUUUAUGCUGCUGUUUUUUUUUCCUUCUCUAUUUUUGUAUACAUUUAUUUCCAAAUAGGCCAAUAUGCACUAUUUUACUUCCAGGAAUGGUUUAAUUCUGAAGUGCACUGAGGCAGUUAUAGGAAAAAUCUGAAACUAAACACACAAAAAAUGACAGUAACUACUGCGUUCAAGGCCCUUUGCUGUUUACUAAGUAUUCUUAUAGGAACAAUGCACUGUAGUUUUGUUCCAGCAGGGGGUGUUAAUAUAACAACUGAAUAUAUUUUAUUUGAAUAGUUGCCUAUUGAAAUAUCAUUGUAUCAAAUAUUUUCAAGUGUAUUUCAUCUUUACAUUUAUUUCUACAUUAGCAACAAUGACCUUGGCAUUCCUUAUGUCAAUUAUAUUUAGAAAUAGAAUAUAUAUAAAAAAAUAAAACUCGCUUUACAGGAAGCAACUUAAAAAAUUAAAGAUUUUUUUUUCUUUUACAUUUAUGUGCUUUUGUUUCAAGAAAGUAGUUUUUCAUCAAUAUGUUAUCAAAAGCCCCCCCUGCUGUUCUGUAAGACUGCAGUCUUUGUUACAAACAUGCUGGGUGCAUUUGUUGAAUUUAAUUUUAAGAAUUCAAAUACUGUACUGUAUAUGAGAAGGUAUAUUGUUUACCUUCCCUUGUAUGUUUACUGUAUUCUUUGAUAUCUAUGUACUUGAAAGGUCAAUUAUAUUUCUAGGACAAAUUUUAUGCAAAUAUUUUGAUUUUUUUUUUCUCCUGAAUUAACAGCAAUAAAAAAAUAAAGAUCUUC